AUGGGCGUCUUCAGCAACAUCUACGACACAGUCGAGCUCGGCCACUUCAACUGGCCGUUCCUUAACAGCCACCCGGUACACCCCGCAACCGUUCACUUCCCCAUCACCUUCCUCACAACCGCCUACACCCUCGACACCGCCUACGGUCUAGCUAACCGCCUCCGUUUCCUCACCCCCUUCCUCUCCGAUAUAAGCCGCAUUGCCUACCUCUCUCACUGGGCCGGCCUGAUCACAUCGCUGCCAGCCAUCACCUCCGGCAGCGCCGAACUCUACGAACUCUACAAAGCGCGCGGCAUCAACCGUACUGACAAGCAGCUCACGAACCCGAAAACUCACUCCGAUGUCGUCGACAGGAGUAUUAAUAUCGGGCUCGUGCACGGGGCGCUGAAUGCGGUGGCGUUUGGCGUGAGCACGUACGCAGUGGUUAGUAGGCGCGGCGUGAAAGCGUGGGCACCGGGGCGGACGAGCGUGAUUUUGAGUGCGUUGACGUUACCGGGUGUGGCGCUUAGUGCGGCGUUGGGGGGAGAGUUGGUGUACAAGGACGGGGUUGGGGUGCAGAGGAUGGGUGGAGGGUUGGAUGAGAAGAGGGAAGGGAUUAAAGAGAACGUGGAGAGGGCGAGGUAG